ACGAUUCCAUCUCGAGGUGGUGAACAAUCCGUUCCAAGUAAUGAAAGAUCGGCAAACCGCACCAGGAGAUGGUAUUAGAUCUCUAAAAACUUCCAGAGUGUUUCGGAUCAUCAACUUUGAACUCUAUUCAAAACCGAAUAAAGUGAUCAUGGCAUUAGGACUUGUAUCAAUAUCAUUCACUUUUGGAUAUCUGGUAUAUAUGAGACACCAAUAUGAAAAAAUGGGAUAUUACCCAGCUGUUGCUGAAGAUGGCCGUCAUGAAGUAUAUAAACAAAGACAAUCCAAAUGGGAUUGA